UUGACCUCUGCUCUCAAUCGCCUCUGUCAAUAUGUGACUUCCUCCGUCUCUAAUAAUAGGUGUAUUUUAGUUCUGUUCAUCAUUUUACUGUGACAGAUCUUUUAUAACUGAGUUUUCACUCCUGCCCAUCCCUGACCAUGUGCUGCUGCUGUCUCACCAGAUUCAUUUUUCCACAAUAGCUUUUGCAGUCAGAAAUUCUUUUUCCCAGUAUGAGAAUCCAUUUCUCUUCUAUUUCUUACCAUCAAAUUCUGCACGGUUUGCGUUUCCUGUAAUUCAUUUUGCACUCCCUGAAAUAGUAAUGCUGUUUCUUCCUCCGCGAUACCAGCGAUUGUUACCAAACUCUGUUGUCUGUGGAGAAAGUGAAGUUUGAGCUUCUCGCACAUCUGCAUUUUGUAUGGUGAAUGUGCUCCCACAAUGCAAUUAGGGUUGGGGAAUCGUGGACUACAGCGCAUCAACCCAAGGUUAGAGGGGAAAGAACAAAAGGGAACCUGAGGGUCAACCUUUUCACACAGAGGGUGGUACACAUACGGAAUGAACUGCCAGCGGAAGUGAUUGAGAAUGCUGGUUCUGAACAUUCCUGUGAACACUCGUCCUACUCCCAUGUGCCAUGCCCUGCUCCCAAAUACGGCUUGAUUCCAAUCUGGAGUGUGAUACAGGAGCCUCUCCGUGUUGCAGGGAGGUUGAUUUGCAGUUGUCGUAUUGAAACAGAAUCGCAUCCAGAUCUGACAGUCGCUGUGUUUACCAUAACUUUAUUAUCUCAGGAUUUUGGACGUCAAAGGAAAAAGCACUGCUCACACUGGGGAGAAUCACAGGUUGUGUGUGUGGAAGAGUCAGUGACGGUUCAUUUCAAAUGUCCAAACGUCAGUACAGUCACACUGGGGAGAGACUGUGGAAAUGUGGGAAUUGUGGGAAGGGAUUUCUUUACCCAUCCCAGCUGGAAAUGCACCAACGCAGUCACACUGGGGAGAAGCCAUUCACCUGCUCUCGUUGUGGGAAGGGAUUCACUCGAUUAUCCAACCUGCUGGAACAUCAACGUAGUCACACUGGAGAGAAACCAUUCACCUGCUCCAAUUGUGGGAAAGGAUUCACUCAAUCAUCCGGCCUGCUUAAACACCAGCGAAUUCACACUGGGGAGAGACCAUUCACCUGUUCUGUUUGUGGGAAAGGAUUCGCUCAGUCAUUCAGUUUGCAUGUACACCAGCGGGUUCAUACUGGGGAGAGACCAUUCACCUGUUCUGAAUGUGGGAAAAGAUUCACUCAGUCAUCCAGCCUGUUGAUCCAUCAGCGAGUUCACACUGGGGAGAGACCAUUCACCUGCUCUGAUUGUGGGAAAGGAUUCAGUUACUCAUCCAAUCUGCUUAAGCACCAGCGAGUUCACACUGGAGAGAGACCAUUGACCUGUCUUGUGUGUGAGAAAGGCUUUGCUGAUUCAAACUCCCUGUUGAUCCACCAGCGAGUUCACUCUGGGGAGAGACCAUUCACCUGCUCUGAGUGUGGAAAAGGAUUCACUUGCUCAUCUAACCUGCUGAGACAUCAGAGUGUUCACACUGGGGUGAGGCCAUUUGCCUGUUCUGAGUGUGGGAAGGGAUUUACUCAAUCAUCCAAACUGUUAAUACACCAGCAAAUCCACAAAGAACAACAGCAGAAAGGUUUUGCUCCGCGUCUCACCAAGGAAUGAAUUCUGGUCUUUAUACUGUUGGAACUGAUGUUAUUAAUCCCUGCUCAAUUAAAGAUACUGAUAUUGUCGAUAAAAUGUUAAUAACAGUUGUAUAUCUGUAGGGUAGGUUUUGUAAAUAAUCACAUUAUCACUGCAUAAACACAUUCACACUAGAUAAAGGUUGUCCAGUGCGUGAAAAGGGAUUUUCUGGGAAAUUUCAUUCACAGAAAAUAUGGGUCAAAAUGUUUGUUUGACAAAGAGGUACUGGAAUCGAAUUUUUAAGUUGUUUGUCUUUGUAUAAAUGCUGCUAAACAUUCUGACUUUCUCUGGUUACUUUAUUUUAUCGUUUGCUCACUGUGUUGAUGCUCCCACUCUUUCUGCUGCUGCUGUCUCUCUUUCCCAACUUGCUCUUUGUCGUCCUGAGAGAUAAUGAAUAACUGAACCUGUCCUCAUAAACGCAAUAAUUCUGUUGCUGACUGAAUGUCUGCAGAGCUGACAGUGAAAGCAUUAAAUGCUUCUCCUGUUUGGUCUGUCAGUAAAUUUCAGCCCUUAUUUCACAGAAUUGGUUUUUGAAACAGGAGGGAAAAUAAACUCACAUGACCAAAAUGAGUCUAUUGAAUUAAUAUUAA